CCUGCCCCAAAAAAAAAAAUAUUUGCUGAUACUCAGCAAAAGAAAAAGUUAAAAAGAAAUCAACAAAAUGCAUUUGUGAAAACCAGUGUUUAAGAUAAACAAAAGAAAUACAAAAUGUGGCACAUGUUGCAGCAUAUUUCCAUAAGCUGUUGUGUGAAUGUGACCUAAAAGUGCAACAAACGCUUCAAAUGCAAUUACAAAUUAUGUAAUUAAUCAAUCUACUAAGAAACUAAGGAAAGUAAUAAACUAAAUACAAAAUAAAACUACACAAAUUUGUCGUGGAAAUCUUUCGAAAAGGAAAAUCAACUUGGAAGUGGACGUGGAAGUGGAUUAUCUAAUAAAUACGAAGAUGGACGACGAGAGCGAUGACAAGGAUGAUACGAAAAGAAAAUCACGCAACUUGAGCGAAAAAAAGCGACGGGAUCAAUUCAAUUCGCUGGUCAAUGAUCUGAGUGCGUUGAUCUCCACAUCCAAUCGCAAGAUGGACAAGUCGACGGUCCUCAAGUCAACCAUAGCAUUCUUGAAGAAUCACAAUGAGGCAACGGAUCGUUCAAAGGUGUUUGAGAUACAACAAGACUGGAAGCCAACAUAUCUGACGAAUGAUGAGUUUACGCAUUUAAUGCUGGAGUCAUUGGAUGGUUUUAUGAUUGUGUUCAGCAGCUUGGGCUCCAUAUUCUAUGCAUCCGAAAGUAUUACCUCGCAGCUGGGCUACUUGCCGCAUGAACUCUACAACAUGAGCAUUUACGAUCUGGCUUAUGAAAUGGAUCACGAGGCGCUGCUCAACAUCUUUCUCAAUCCCACGCCGGUGAUUGAACCCCGUCAAACGGACAUCAAUGCCAGCAAUCAAAUCACAUUCUACACCCAUCUGAAGCGAGGAGGGAUUGAGAAAGUCGAUGCCAAUGCGUAUGAGUUGGUCAAGUUUGUGGGCUACUUUCGCAACGAUGCGAAUACGAACGCCGGAUCGAGUUCGGAUAGUCAGAGCAGCUCGAGUCAAACUCUUCCGCGCAUCUUUCAGAACAAUCCCAGCGUCGAGGUGGACAAGAAGCUGGUGUUUGUGGGCACGGGACGAAUACAGACGCCGCAGUUGAUACGCGAGAUGAGCAUCAUCGAUCCAACGAGCAAUGAGUUCACCUCGAAGCACAGCAUGGAAUGGAAGUUUCUCUUUCUCGAUCAUCGAGCUCCUCCGAUUAUCGGUUAUAUGCCCUUUGAGGUGCUUGGGACUUCGGGUUAUGAUUACUAUCACUUCGAUGACCUUGACAGCAUUGUCGCCUGCCACGAGGAAUUGCGUCAGACGGGGGAAGGAAAGUCUUGUUACUAUCGAUUUCUAACCAAAGGUCAGCAAUGGAUCUGGCUGCAAACGGAUUACUAUGUGAGCUAUCAUCAGUAUAAUUCAAAGCCCGAUUAUGUUGUGUGUACGCAUAAGGUUGUCAGCUAUGCGGAGGUGAUCAAGCAACAUCACAAGGAGAAGGAACGCGAGAAGACGCAUUCGAUUAAAGGACACACUUCGAAUUCGAAUAGCAGCAAAUGCGCCUCGGCUACAACAACGUUGCGUGACUUUGAGUUGACCAAUCAGACUUUGGAUAGUCCGCUCUUAGGGAAUUCGCUGGCCAAUCUGAGCAACGAAGGCGCCACAGCAACUGUUGCUGCUGCUGCUAGUUCACCUCCCAUCGACUCUUCUCCCAUGUGGUCAACGGCAGCGGCGCCUGCCUCGAGUUCGUGCCUCAUCAAUCCGCUGAAGACUUCGCGACCCGCCUCGAGUUAUGGCAACAUUAGUUCGACGGGCAUUUCACCGAAAGCCAAGCGCAAAUGUUACUUCUACAACAAUCGGGGGAAUGAAUCCGAUUCGACGUCGAUGUCUGCGGAUUCGGUGACCAGUCGACAAUCGCUGAUGACGCACGUGAGUUCGGUGAGUCAGCGACAGCGAUCGCAUCAUCAUGGACGCGAGCACAGUCAGCAGCAUCAAAUGCAACAGCAGCAGCAACAGCAACAGCAGCACCAACAACAGCAGCAGCAGCAACAACAGCAGCAACAGCAACAACAGCAGCAGCAACAUCAACUCGCACAUCAUCAUCUGCAGCCAGGACAACCAAAGUUGGUGCCCAUGUUGCCGCUUGCACCCACGCAGAUUGUCACCAACAAUGCGUGUCAGUUUCCGCAAUCAAAUUACCCGCUAACGAGUCCGCAGUUGGUUGCUCCAAGUUUCCUUGAGCCACCGCAAUACCUCACAGCCAUCUCGAUGCAACCGGUGAUGGCGCAAUUUCCCGUUGCGCCCGUGUUGUCGCCGUUGCCCGUGCCGGUGCCCAUGUCAACGAUGCCGGUGCCAGCAACUACACAGCAGGAGUUGCUGUCGGGUGCUGCUGCCGCUGCUGCUGCGGCUGCUGUGGUGAUGACGCCAACACAGAGUCAACUUCAGGAUCAAUUGCAGCGAAAACACGACGAACUGCAAAAGUUGAUCAUGCAGCAGCAGGAUGAAUUGCGCAUCGUCUCCGAGCAACUGUUGCUCGCGCGCUACACUUACCUGCAACCCAUGAUGCCCAUGGGCUUUGCUGCCAGCAAUAUGGCUGCAGCAGCGGCUGCUGGUGCGAGUGUGCAACGCAAUUUCAAUUUUAGUGGCAGCAAUGCUGUCGAGCCGCAGUUUAAUCAGUAUGGAUUUGCUUUGAAUUCGGAGCAGAUGUUGAAUCAACAGGAUCAGCAAAUGUUGAUGCAGCAGCAGCAGAAUCUGCACAAUCAGCAGCAGCACAAUCACAACAUGCAACAGCAACAGCAGCAGCAGCAAAGUCAGCAGCAAUUGCAGGUGCAGCAGAAUCAGCAACAGCAACAAUUGCAGCUGCAACCACAACAGCAGCAGCAGCAGCAGCAGCAAACGAGCAACAUAUUGUCACGCGAGGACAUGGAAGACAUUGACGCCUUUCUCAAUCUAUCUCCUUUGCAAUCACUUGGCCAACAGCUCAGCGGCAGUAACAACAACAACAAUAACAACGGCAACGGCAGCAACAAUCAGAACUUUAACAGCAGCAGCCAGCAAAACAAUAACAGCAACAACCAGAGCAGCAACAACAACAAUGCCAGCAAUAAUAAUAACAACAACAACAGCAGCUCGAAUGUGCCGCAGAAUACGAAUGAGGAUUCAUUGCUUUCCUACAUGCAAAUGGCAACCGAGUCGAGUCCUUCGCUCAACUUUCACAUGGGCAUCAGCGACGAUGGCUCCGAGACGCACAGCGAGGACAACAAAAUGCUGCACAGCUCAAGUCAACUGCAUCAACAACAACAACAGCAGCAACAACAACAGCAACAAAUGUUGCAGCAACAACAGCAGCAACAGCAACAGCAGCAGCAGCACCAACAGCAACAACAGCAGCAGCAACAGCAACAGUUACUGCAACAGCAGCAACAAAGCAACAACUUUUUCAAUUCGAAUCCAUUUCAAUCGCUCAGCAAUCAGAACCAAAGCCAGUUGCCCAACGAACUCGAGAUAUUGCCGUAUCAAAUGUCGCAGGAGCAAUCGCAGAAUUUGUUCAAUUCACCACACACGGCGAGCAGCAGUCAAUAGCAAAUGGUUAAUCUUGGGGCGUGGCAUACGCCUUGAUAUCCAAAUUCCUUAAGCUCAUGCGUAAGUAGAAGUAGUAGCAUCAUAGUCAAAAGUAGUCAAGUACCACGCUGCGUAUGAUUGAUAAUGCAAAGUCUCAGCUGAUGGCUCUCUGUAUCGAAUAACCCGAAAAUCUAUAGUUGUAGAUCUCAACUGACUGAGUACUCCUUAAACCUUAAACUAUUAAAUCGUUAAUCCUUAAAUUUGUUUCGAGUUUUGUGCGUUCUCAAAAAAGUAUGUAAAAUAUACUAAGUAAGUUUUUAAUUUUUAAGUAGUCGUGUUGAUUAGGAACAUCGCCCAUCGCUUCAAUUAGUUACAAUUUUAUCCAGUAAGUGUCUGGCAAGCUGGCACCAACAGGGAUCUCUGAUAUCAAAUCGAAAAACAAAACUAUAUCAUAAUAAUAUUUGUAUGUUAAAUGUAAAUUAAAUUGUAAUUGUAAAUAUAUAGAUUCUACUUUAUUAUUAUUUUAAAGACUGACUGCAGUAAAGGGUUUUCUUUUAUUGUAAAUCAUUUGUUGAUUGUAUAUAAUUUAAUAUAUAUGUAUAUAUUUAAGUAGUCGAUAAGUCAACACUCAGGUUGAGAUUGCAACUGAAUUAUUUGCUGUGAACAUUUUGCAAACAAAACAAAAAAAAAACACAUUUAUUAUUUUUUAAGAGAAGUUUUGACUUCUCACUCUAUGAUUAGUAUUCAAAAUUCCACAUUGAAUAAGUUGACAAAAAAAGAAAGGGAAUUUUUCAUUCUAUUCGAAAGAGCCAAAUGCUAAGAACUUAACCUUAUUCAACUCACGAUCACGAUCACUUGUUAAACCAGAAGUAAUUUGCUAAGCUUAGUUCUAAACAUUCCUGUACAUACCUAUACAAAAAUAUACAAUAUACAACUCUAAUUAUAGUUCUCUGUAAAUAACUACAAAUAAACAAAUGACAAAAAUGAUGUAA